UAAAUAUUUGAGGUUAUGGAUUAACUAGUGUCCUCCAGGCUUGAUGGCGGAAGAGUAGACAACUGUGAUUCACCGGGUAAAAUCAGUGUAUGACAUAUUUUGCAAUGUGGAGGCUAAUUUCCCUUUUGGCGUUUUCAUCUGCCUUCAUAGCAUCUAAUGAGCAUAAAACAUCAGUCUUUUACAGCAGCCAAGAGGCAAACCAAGUGCUAAAGGUCCAGAAGCGAGCCAAUACGUUCUUGGAAGAAGUAAAGCCAGGUUCAUUGGAGCGGGAAUGCAUUGAGGAACACUGCAAUUUUGAGGAAGCCCGUGAGAUAUUUGAAAGUCAGGAAGUAACUCUAAGUUUUUGGACAAAAUAUUUUGAUGGAGACAUGUGUGAGUCCGCCCCAUGUUCCAACGGAGUCUGCCAGGAUGGCAUUGGCCGAUACGACUGCAUUUGUAACGAAGGCUGGGAGGGGCAGCUGUGCCAAAAUGAGGUCAUGUAUGACAACUGUUCCAUUGACAAUGGUGGAUGUGAACAUUUUUGUAAUGAGGUCCAAGGCAGCAAUGGGAAAUACCGUUACUGUAGCUGUGCUUCAGGAUACCGACUGUCUGGAAAUCAUACCUCUUGCGAACCUGAUGUGGAGUUUCCUUGUGGAAGAGUUGUCGAAAAGAAAUCGAAAAUUGCUAAAGUAAUUGGAGGCAAAGCUGGAAGAAAAGGAGAUAGCCCUUGGCAGGUUAUGCUGAGUGACAGUACAGGCAAAUUUAAGUGUGGUGGUGUUCUCAUCAACCCUGCCUGGGUUCUGACCGCUGCUCAUUGUGUGGUGAGAGAACAGAGAAUCAGACUGAAAUUUGGUAAAUAUCAUCGUCUGAAAACAGAUGAAAGUGAGCGGAUCAUUGAUGUUGACAAGCGAUUGAUGCAUGAAAAUUAUUCUGUGGACACCUCUGACAAUGACAUUGCCAUGUUGCACUUAGCGCACCCUGUCAUUGUCAGCAAGUACAUCGUGCCCAUUUGCCUGCCUUCCAAGAACCUGGCAGAACAGGAGUUGAUGAAAGAAGGGGCACAAACCGUGGUGACGGGAUGGGGUAGCCGGAGUACAGACACCAGCAAGAAUUACUCCCAUGUUCUUCAUUAUAUCGAGAUCCCUUUGGCAUCACGGAACGACUGUGUGAAUGCUAUGUCAAAUACUGUCUCUGAGAACAUGCUCUGUGCAGGAAUACCGGGAGAUAUACGGGAUUCUUGCCAUGCAGACAGCGGUGGGCCCAUGGUCACAAAGUUCAGGGAUACCUGGUUCUUAAUUGGACUAGUGAGUUGGGGAGAGGGCUGUGGGAAUCCUGAAAACUUUGGAAUCUACACUAAAGUCAGCUCCUAUCUUGACUGGAUCAACCAGAAAAUAAAAACAUAAGAUUUCUCCAUUGGACAUUAAGGAACAAAAAGAAGGGAUGCUUUUACCAAUCAACAAAACAGAUACGGAGUGUCGAAUAAAUAUAGAAUAUACAAAAUGA